AUGAAUGAGUUCAUCUGGAAGGGAUACAGCACAAAGCACAAGCAGCGGCAGCUAUGGAUUUGUGUAAGUCAAAAAAGUCAAAAAUCGCCGAACAGUUUAGCUGCGAGAAACUCUUUCAACAGCAGCCCUGCCCUAACCCUUCCCCAACUUCUGUCCCUCCAGCAGUCGACGGCAACAGGCGAGGCGUCUGUUCCGACGAAGGCGAGCUGUCGACGGCAACAGGCGAGGCUUCUAUCCCUUUCGGCAGGUCCGCCGGUGCGAAAUCCCCCUCCAACUGUCGACGGUAACAGGCGUCUCCUUCCCACCACCCCUUCCCACCUUCGACGGGAGAUCCUGCUUCGUCUCCGCCGUUCCUCGUCGAACAUCCUGCUUCGUCUCUGCAGAAAGGUUGAUGUUAAAUGGCAUCAUCAAGUAACAGCAGUUUCGACCAUACCAAAUUUGAAAAUGUACAAUGCAAGUACUGCGGAAUAAAAGCAUUGGUGCUAGUAUCUAGAUCAAUCAACAACCCAGGAAGACUAUAUUAUAGAUGUAAGCAACAUGGAUGGUUAAAGUGGGUGAGGUCUGAUACUAGACUAAAUGAAGACAUCAGUGAUAUAUAUUCAAAGAUGUUGCCAAGAGUGGAGCCAAGGGUAGGAAGUGAAUACAUUGCUUAUCCUGGACACAAUAUGAGAAAUUGGAAUGUACCGUUUAUCGUCUGGAUAUUAGUGACAGUGGACUUAUUUCUUUUGGCUGUAUAUUUGUUUUGUUUGUUAGUUGGUCUGGUUUAGUAGUAAUGUGAUAAAGAAAUAUAAUUAUGGAUGAUGUUGACAUGUGCUUUUAUUGUUUAUGGAUGAAUAUUAGUUAUGUAUUCUUCAGUUAGCUUCGUAUGUCAACAAAUGAUGUUAUGACA